CACGAAACAACUCCAGACAAGAUGCGUUCUCAACUGGAGCUGCUGCUGCUUCUUCUUUUGGGUUGCACCCUGGCAUUGGCUCAGUAUGAAUAUCCGGAGCCGUCUAUAAAGCUACAAGAAGGAGAUGAACUGAAGGAGACAGCAUAUAAUCGAUUUGGUCAUGUGAUGGACCUUUUGGGACCAGGUCAUCCACUAUCCGAAGGCAGAGCACGUCCUGUGAACCGCAAUCAAUGCACUACCAAAGCCAAUUGUAUUUGUGGCCUGCCAAAUGUGAAUCGCAUUGUGGGCGGUCAACAGGUGCGUUCCAACAAAUAUCCUUGGACCGCUCAACUGGUCAAGGGUCGCCAUUAUCCACGUCUCUUCUGCGGCGGCUCCUUGAUCAAUGAUCGCUAUGUCCUCACAGCAGCACAUUGUGUGCAUGGCAACAGGGAUCCCAUUACCAUACGCCUCAUGCAGCUGGACAGAUCCUCACGGGAUCCUGGCAUUGUGCGCAAAGUGGUAAAAACCACAAUUCAUCCCAAAUACGAUCCCAGCAAAAUUGUCAAUGAUGUGGCGUUGCUGAAACUCGAGUCUCCAGUGCCACUUGGUACCAACAUGCGUCCCGUUUGUCUGCCCGAUCCCAAUCACAACUUUGAUGGCACGACGGCCACCGUUGCUGGCUGGGGUCUCAUCAAGGAGGGCGGCACCACUAGCAACUAUCUGCAGGAGGUGGAGGUGCCCAUCAUUACCAACCAACAAUGCAGGGCGACACGCUACAAGGACAAGAUUGCCGAGGUGAUGCUCUGCGCCGGCCUGGUCAAGUCUGGCGGCAAAGAUGCCUGCCAGGGCGACAGCGGUGGCCCCCUGAUUGUCAACGAGGGUCGCUACAAGCUCGCUGGUGUCGUAUCCUUUGGCUACGGCUGUGCUCAGGCCAAUGCUCCUGGUGUUUAUGCCCGAGUCAGCAAGUUCCUCGAUUGGAUCAAGAAGAACUCGGCCGAUGGCUGCUAUUGCCACAGCUAGAGUAUGGGAGAGCUCCAUCUUCACCUGCAUUUAUAGCAUCGUAAAUUAUUUUAAAUUAUUCAACAUUCUGCUCAUCCAAUAAAUAAUUCCCCAUAAAAUAUUA